AUGCUUGGCACGGAGUUCACCAAGGACAUUCCCCCACCGCCGAUCGGGGAGUUCAACAAGAAAAAAGAACCGACUUCGACACAAAAUGGACAGCCAGGAACUUCGUCGGCACCGGCCAGCUCUGGAAACCAGGUUAAUGAGGAGGAGGAGGAGGAGGAUGAGGAGGAGGAGGAGGAGGAGGAGGAGGAGGAGGAGGAGGAGGAGGAAAGCGAUGACGAAAACGACGACCUACGGAGAGUGCCGGAGGCCCCGCCGCCGGCUACCGCGCAGGCUCCCAGCGAGGGUGGCUCGGCGAAUUCGGCCAACACGGGAGCCGGAGCUGACAGAGGGGACGAGAAACCCCCGCCACCCCCACAGACGGACGAGGAGGCUAGUUACGAGCUCAACGUGGUGCAACCGUGGCGGGAGGCAAAGACUGUCAUGGAUGCGGUGCGCCAGCUACGCGCGAGCGACGGCGACGCCGACACCGAGGCCGUGGUCGAUGAACUGCAUAAGAUCGCGAAACCAGGCAUCGGGACCUUCUGGGAUGCCCUCACGGUGCUCAAACCGGGAACGGCACCGACGUUGUCCAAAGAGCCUGGCAUGGGAGUCAAGGGGCUGGGCCCCAAGGUGGUCUCGAAGCUACGCCUGGCCUGUGCGCUUGUGGCGCUCAACCUGAAGUCGAGUGAUUGGGUCGCUGCCCUGUUUCUAGACACUUGGGAGGAGCAGAUGCCGAAGACGAUGGCCGGCCUGGCGAAGCCGACCGCACUGACCAAGUCGACAGCAUCGGCCAAGCCGACCGAGCCGGUGCACCGUCCUCCGACCAAGCGCAAGAAGACGGCAUGA